GAGAAUUAUUCCCCCUUCACGCAACUGUCAAGAAAUUUCCAUCGAUUUUCCUGGAAGUUUGCUUGCGUUUCCUCUACAAUUUUCUAUGCAGAUUUCAUUCAAGAAGAGGGGAAAAUCAGAGAAAUCAUUCAUAAUAAGUAAGAAAGUUUAAUGGUUUUCCAUCGCUUCAACACCCUCAAAGCUGUAAGUAUAAUUUCUUUUGAAAUAUAUUCAUCAAUAUUUUCCUUCAUUGAUCUUUUAUCUAUUAUUUGCCUUAUUUGUUAGUUCAUAUCUGGUUUUACAUACUUUCUCUGGACCAAUUGCAUCUCAUUAUAAAACAUUAAAGUCCGGAUACAUUUGUUUGUUGGGUAACAUACUUGGGCUUUGUAUAUCUAUUAUUUUUCUUUUAUUUUAUUUUUAUUUUAUGAACGUACUGAUACAUCUAUGUUUUAAACAAGUUGAACAAGUAGUCAAAAUUACAAUGAAAUUUGGUUGAAGAUUCUUUAUAUUCAUAGUCUUCCAAAGUUUCUGAAGUUCGAGUAUCAAAUCUAAGCUUCCAAAGGCUGAUUAAUUAGGACGAAAUUGCUUGCAUAUACAAUAUCAACAAACUUGUAAAGUCAUCAUGCAAAUAGCCUCUUCAUCAACAUCUUUUUCUUGUCGUUGGAAAUAUGAUGUCUUUCUAAGCUUUAGAGGUGAAGACACGCGGAAGAGCUUCAUAGAUCAUUUGUAUAAAGCUUUCAAUCAAAAAGGAUUGCACGUUUUUAGGGAUGACAAAGAACUUGAGAGAGGAAAAUCCAUUUCGCCAGAGCUCCUUCAUGCAAUUGAAGAAUCAAGAUCUGCGGUUGUUGUUUUCUCAAAAAACUAUGCUUCUUCCACAUGGUGUUUAGAUGAACUUGUUCAAAUUGUUCAUUGCAAGAAUAUAAAAGUUUUUCCAGUUUUCUAUAACGUGGAUCCUUCAGUGGUUAGAAAACAAACAGGCGAAUUUGAAGAAGCCUUUGUCAAACAUGAAAAAACUUUUAGAGAGGACAUUAGAAAGGUGCAAACUUGGAGAACUGCUUUGACAGAGGUGGCCAAUCUCUCUGGAUUUGACUUAAAGGAUGGGUAUGAGGCACAAUUUAUUGAAGACAUUCUGAAGGAAAUAUCAAGCAAUUUAUGUUUUCCAAAAUACACAAGUGUUGAGGGCCUAGUAGGUAUCCAUUCACGUUUGAAGAAACUAGAGAAAUUUAUAAGUCUUGAGUCACAUGAUGUACGUAUGAUUGGGAUUUGUGGAAUGGGAGGAAUAGGCAAGACAACAAUUGCUAGAGUUGCCUAUGACUUGAUUUCUUGUAAAUUUGAAGGUAGUAGUUUUUUGGCUAAUGUUAGAGAAAUUUCUGAAAAAAGUGAUCUAGUUUCUUUACAAAAGAUGCUUCUUUCCCAAAUUCUACAUAUGAAAAAAGAUGACAUCAACGUAUAUGAUGACUUUGAUGGAAUAAGCAUGAUAAGAAGUAGGUUGGGGUGUAAGAAGGUUCUUAUUGUUAUAGAUGAUGUGAACAAUCCAGAGCAAAUAGAAAAAUUAGCUGGCAUGCAUGAUUGGUUUGGCAUGGGCAGUAGGAUCAUAAUAACUUCAAGAAUCAAAAGUUUGUUGACAUCCCAUGGAGUAGAUGAAGUUUAUAAGGUUGGGGAGUUAAAUGAUGAUGACGCCCUCAAAUUAUUUAGUUCAAAAGCCUUUAAGAAACCUCAACCUUCAGAAAGUUUUAGGGAGUUAUCCAAAUGUGUUAUACAGUAUGCUAGUGGUCUUCCAUUAGCUCUUAAAGUUUUGGGCUGCUUUUUGUGUGGAAGAGAAGUUCAUAUAUGGAAAGAUGCAUUGCAAAGAUUAAAAAGAGAUUGUAAAAAAGAAAUAUUGGACGUACUUCAAAUAAGCUUCGAUGGGCUAGAAGAAUCAGAGAAAAAAAUAUUUCUUGAUAUAGCAUGUUUCUUUAAUGGAAGGGGUAGAUCUUAUGUGACAAGGAUUCUUGAAAGUUGUGGUUUUUUUCCAAAUAUUGGAAUAGAUAUUCUAAUUGAUAAAUCGCUCAUAAUUCAUAAUGGCUAUAAAUUGUGGAUGCAUGAUUUGUUACAACAAAUGGGUCAACAAAUUGUCAAGAGAGAGUGUCUCGAAGAGCCUGGAAAACGCAGUAGAUUGUGGAUGGAAACGGACAUUCAUCAUGUAUUGACAAAAAACACAGGAACUGAAAAGGUUGAAGGCAUGAUGCUCAACCUUUCUACAAAAGAGAUCCAUUGUCAUCCUAAAGCAUUUUCAAAACUGAUCAAUCUAAGAUUACUCAAGCUCUGCAAUGUUCAAUUUUCGGAAGACCUUGAUUACAUUUCCAACAAGUUACGUAUACUUGAUUGGAGAGGAUACCCUUUAAAAUCCUUACCACCAAAUUUACAAUUGGACAAAAUUAUUGAGUUAAAAAUGUAUCAGAGUCGAAUUGAACAAAUGCCACAGGAAAUCAAACCUUUCAACAAUUUGGAAUCCAUCGAUUUUAAAGACUGUGUAUACUUAAUCAAAAUACCAAAUCUCAAGAAAGUGUAUCUUGAAGGAUGUAAAAUGUUCGUGAGGUUCACCCAUCUUUAUUGGUUCACAAAAAGAUUACUUUUUUUAGUAUGUUUGGUUGUACGAGUCUUACAACUCUUCCAAACCAGAUUCAUAUGGAAUCCCUAGAACGACUUAUAUUAGGUGAUUGCUACAAAUCGGAGAAGUUUCCAGAGAUUGAAGGAAGAAUGGAUUGUCUACGUUACCUCAAUUUAAGCAAAACUGCUAUCAAAGUACUGCCAACGUCAAUUACACGUUUGAGUGGACUUGAAGAAUUUUCUUUGGUAGAUUGCAAAAAUCUUGUGAGUCUUCCAGUCAAUGGUUUGGAAUCUCUUCGAACAUCUUAUCUUUCUGGAUGCUCCGAAGUUGAUAACUUGCCAGAGACUUUGGAGCGUUUAAUCUUUCUGGAAAAGACAAAAAGACUUAAAAGUAAGGGAAACUGCGAUAAGACGGCCAAUGGCGUCCCUUUUUCUUAUGAAGAAUCUUACAGAGUUAGAUUUUAGUGGAUGCAGAGGACCGCCAUCAAAAUCUUCGUCUUCAGUCUUCUUCGAUACUUUUAGAUUGCCCACUUUGUCAGAUUUUUGCAGAUCUUUACAAAGUUUGAUUCUGAGUGACUGCAAUAUGGAGGAAGAAGCGAUUCCUAAUGACUUUUUCGGUAGCUUUUCUUCAUUAGGAAUGUUAGACCUUAGCAAAAACAAUUUUGUUUCACUACCUGGAAGCAUCGAUCAUCUUUCUAAGCUUCGACAUCUUGAU